AUCCAAGACAGCAAUGCUGAUCAAAAUGCUUCACGUUAUGCAUCCUUCACUUAUGUUACCAGGCGUUGGUAUACUGGAGCUAGUACCAGUCAUUUCCCAUAAGUGUUCAACCUAUUUUUUACAAUAUUAAAAGGUCAAUUCAACUCCCUUUACUAACCUCGGUCCCGGCUGACUGCCGUGAUGUGUCUGACAUUGGAGCCUCACUCAAUAUUGCCUACAAGUCUUGGACCACUUCCACCCUCAUAUCCCCUCUGGGGCUACUCACUCGUUUCAGAACAGGGCCUCGAAUAUACUCUCCUACACGCUGGGUCGAAGAAAUGCCGGAUCUUUUCACUCAACAAGUGAUCAUUAACUGCUGGUCAGUUUCUGCCAACGAUCCCAACCUCUCUAAGCGGAAGAACAAGUCCCAGGGCCCUCUACAAAUCAGUGCCAUACUCUGCGGCAGAGACUACGGCCUCAUUUCCAAAAAUAUAGUAGAGAAGCUUUUGGGUACAAGCGAGAAGCAUACUUCUGGGCUCCCUUCCGUGGUAGAAAUCUCCUGGACCCUAUCUGGUUCUGAGCAGGACUUGGAGACGAGCCAGGUUCGUGUCAUUCCUGGGCUAGAGCAAGACCUCGUCCUUGGCGAUAAUACCGAGGAAUUGUAUCAGAGUGUCCACCUUACUCCCCCAGCACAUUCCCAGGGAUCUAAACCAGAAGAGUAUGGGCCAAGUACUUCUUGUUCAGAAGCCCUGCCCUUCCAAUUCAACACCUCGGAAGACUUUAAGAGUCAAGGCAUCAUCCCCAAGAAUCAACAAUCUCAAGAAAUUCUCAAGCAGCUAUUGGGUCGCUGCCGCACAAGAGCCCAAAGCCCUCUCCCCCACCACAAAACCGUAGCUUCAGAGCCAGAACAACCCGAAGGACCAUCAAAAAUUAGCACUGACUCCUUGUGCGGACCUUUUGAUAUCUCGUCCAACACAUCUGAUUCAGAUGGGAAAUGGAUCAUGCCGCCCAACGACAAAUUGCACAGAGAGAGGACUUCCUCGCUGCAGCCUUCGGAUACUGAUAGUCUGGUCGACCCCAGUGAAAAUAUUGCCUGGGAGGUAUCAACUGAAGCAUCUCAAGCUCUUUCUCACAGUUUCCAAUUCCAUGGUUGGUCUCUGGUAGACACAGCCUCAGCAGAUACCCAUCCAAGUACCCCUGAAUGGGUGGAAGACCAGAACACUACCCAUGAGUCUCAGAACGAUGAUUUCGCCACGCACCCAGGCCACCGUUUCUGGGAAUGGGACGUCGAGAGGCAGCUUUGGCGUCGAAAGGGUCAAAACGGAUCGGACGAGAGAGAUUGGUUUGAAAUCAUUCAAUAACAAUGGCUUGCUUGUAAGAUACCCAGUCCAAGGAGUUCCUUGAGCAUUAAAAGCUAAAAAUACAUAGCUUCAAUAAUAUGCUGGC